CCGCGAUCACUCUGCUUCCCUCCACAUUCUCGCGAUAAUGGGUUCGCUGGCCACCGUGAAUGAGCUCAUCGCCGGCAGCGUGGGUGGCGCCGCGCAGGUGCUCGUCGGCCAGCCGCUCGACACCAUCAAGACCCGCGCCCAGGUCGCGCCGAGUUGAGUCGCCUCCGGAAUCGCAUGGCGGCGGUGCUGACGCCGCCGGCUGGGUUACUAGAGGGCAUGUUCAAAGGGCCCAUGGACAUUCUGGCGCAGACGGUCAGGAAGGAGGGCUUCCUCGCACUGUACAAGGGGAUGGCGAGCCCGCUUCUGGGUAUCGCAGGGGUCAACUCCCUGCUAUUCGCCUCGUACGGGAUCUCGAAGCGCGUCGUGUCGCCCUUCGGUCAGCUCACACUCCCCGAGACCGCGCUCGCCGGCAGCAUGGCGGGAGCCGCCAAUGCCAUCCUGGCAAGCCCAGUGGAGAUGUUCAAAGUGCGGAUGCAAGGCCAGUACGGCGACAAGUCCGAUAAGCGGCUCCGGGUCAUCGUGCGGGAGAUGUGGUCCCAGUGGGGCUUCCGGAAAGGUGUGAUGAGAGGAUAUUGGGUUACUAUGUCUUCUUCCACUGCGGAUGUGCAUCUGACGUCCGCCCAGGUCACCGUCGCCCGAGAAAUACCUGCCUACGCUGGGUUCUACACUGCAUAUGAGUUUUCCAAGAGGAAAUUCGCGGCCAAGUACGGAGACAAAGUUCCCGUCUGGGCGCUCCUUGCUAGCGGCUCCACCGGUGGGAUCGCCUACUGGCUAGCGUGCUAUCCCCUUGAUGUUAUCAAGUCGCGCGUCCAGCUGCGUGACACACCGCCAACCGGCACGCCUGUGCAGUACAUCGCACGUGAAGCAAAGACGAUCGUCUUAGAAUCCGGCGUCUCCGGACUGUUCCGCGGACUAACUCCGUCUCUACUGCGAAGUAUCCCCGCCGCGGCGAGUACGUUCGCAGCCUUUGAAUUGACGCGAGAAUGGCUAGUGGGUGUAACUGGCGUCUAGGCGAUUGGUGCUAUGGUAGAUAUAUACCGGAUGUUUUCCUGUGCAGUUUCUACCAGCUCUCCGAGAGUCAUGCCAGUUUUUGAGGCCCCAUUUUAAUGCAACGUAUGAUCCUAUGAGAUUCAGGAUCAUCAUGUGUUGUACAUGUGAAGUGGGCAGUGGUCCUUUGAACAACUGUGGUCUCAGCUGAA